AUGGAUGGGGGACCAGAAGGCGCCCUGUCACCUUUUCUCCUUCCGCUGCCACGCUGCCAUAGCCGCAUCCCAUCCCUCAAGCAUCAGCAUGUUCGGUAUCCUUGCCUUCCUUCACCUACCUACCAAUAUUCGUACGCUAUUACUUGGUACUCCGUUCGGAUACCACACGGUCUCCGAGGGCGGCACCUCACGUACGGAUACCGUGGUCCUUGCCCCAUGCCAAUGGUCGAUCCCUCCGCUCGCCUCUCCACAUAUCCCAUAACCUUCUUUCGACCCCGUCUACAUUGCUGCAUUCACACCCUCCCACCCCUAGCUCGUUCCUCGUUGUGUCUUUUCCUCUUCUUCCCCCCAUAUCCCUCACCCAGUUCCACGCACCCACGUCCGCUCAUCUGUCUCCCCUCCCCCCUACUUACGUGCCUACCUACCUACCGCUACCUUACCCCCUGGACCCUGGGCUACCGACACCACCACCAUCACCACCGGCAUCAUAACCACGAGCAUCAGCAGCCACCGCCGCAAACCUAUGUGCAGCGAUUACAACGGUGGCUCGAGCGUUGCCAUGCGUUCCGUCAGUACGUACUCCGAUAUACCUGGCUCGAACGGUCUCGUCUCGUCCUGGCUUACCUACAUCUCCGAAUGAGAGCCACAGCAUACCACGGCCACAUGGGUUGUUAA